GCGAUGCAACCAGUCACAGUUGUCGCCAGGAGAUGUAGUUACAUUUCUGGAGAGAUGCAUGUCAGGCUAUGGCAUAGGCUAUAGGGUACAGGGCUACGCAUCACCUACAUCAUAGCUAUGGCGUAAUUAACGCAGAACCACACUCUGAACUCCUUAGCAACCAAUCACCAUGCACUAAAUCACUAUAGAAACCACACUAUUCAUUUCCCCAACAGCAUAGAUAUAAUGAACCAGCCCUGGAAAACACUAUAACAUUGUCUUAGCACCAAAUAUCACCACCUUUCUGAUCACUCAUACCACCAUAGAAUCUACAUGGUGUUGGCUUAGCAACCACCUGGAGCACCACAACAACUACUUCUAUACAUCCUAAGCACCCAAGUGUGUGUUACUGGAUUUCAUCUGUCCAAAAUAAUGAAGUUUAGUGAACUAAAAUCUCCAAGAGGAAUGUUGCAUUCUACAACAUCACAUGAAUUAGAACUUGAUUACUGCUGUUCUGAAUAAUGUAAUGACACAUGACCCAACUACAGUAAAUGCUACUGUACCAUAUGUGGCAAAUGAAAGAAGAGCACAUUGCAGUGUCAUGUGAUAUACCACACACAGCAAGCUUUGAAGACUGAAAAGAAAGGACUGUUUCCAAGUUCUAUAAAGGGUUAAUAGAUGCCAUAUCAUCACUGCAGGUCAUCUAUGUCAUGAGGAACCCCAAAGAUGUGUUUACAUCUGCCUUUCACUAUUAUGGGAUCACCUCAUUCCUGGUGAAACCAGGCCCACAGAAUGAGUUCCUCCACAAGUUUCUUGACGGAAAAGUUAUUUUUGGCUCAUGGUUUGAUCAUGUAAAGGGCUGGCUGAAUGCUGAAGAUAAAGAGCGCAUAAUGCACAUCUCCUAUGAAGAAAUGAUCAUGGGCCUCAAGGACUCUGUGGCCAGAAUCGCUCAGUUCUUGGAGAAACCUCUGGACGCUGAGGUGAUAGAGGAGAUAGCAGACAGAUGUUUGUUCAAGAACAUGAAGCAGAACAACAUGUCCAACUAUUCUGCAGUUCCUCAUGAAUUCAUGGACCAGACAAA